AUGGCAGCAGCUAACGAUUCAGGAACGAAAGUGCUCUCCUAUCCGAUUUUCGGCCUUCGUAACAAGUAUUUGGAGGAUGCCGAUGAUGAUUUUCUCUAUCAUUUCGGAUUUGGAAUCAAAACUGUGGAUAUCCCUAAGGUGUUUGGAGAUACUAAGUUCAGCAAAUAUCAAAAAGGAUCACGGGAUCAGAUGGGAGGUUUCAUUACUAUUUUUGAGUUUGUCUGCACUGGCGGUUCAUCAACAAGAAUGAAACUAUACGCUGAGUGGUUCUCGAAGGAAUGCGGUCUCGAAUGCAGUGAAAAUCUCUCAAGAACUGAUCGUUUUGUACUGUACAAAACUGGCAAAGUGAUAUGGGUUAAUCACGGCAUGGGAAGUCCAUCACUGAGUAUUUUGCUCGUUGAAAUGCUAAAAAUUAUGCAUCACGCUAAAGCAGAAGAUGUCAAAUUUAUUCGUGUGGGAACUUCUGGAGGAGUUGGGGUUGAGCCAGGUACAGUAGUCGUUACCACAGGCGUAAUGAAUGGUGAACUUACCGAUAAAUACGUUCAAUGGAUAAACGGAAAAAAAGUAGAGCGCGAUACCUGGCUUGACGAAGAUCUUCGCAAAGAACUCAUAGCAGUAGCUUCAGAAAAGAAAAUCCCUGUAGAAGCUGGUCUUACUCUUUGUGCUGAUGAUUUUUACGAAGGCCAGAUGCGUCUUGACGGGUUCUUUUGCGAAUAUAAAGCAGAUGACAAAUUUGAUUUCCUUAACAAGAUAUAUGAGAAAGGUGUGCGAAACUUUGAAAUGGAAUGCACAUGUUUUGCGUCAAUGACAUAUCGUGCUGGUGUGAAAGCGGCGAUUGUCUGUGUGGCGAUGCUGAAUCGCAUGGAAGGUGAUCAAGUGAAUAUUGAACACGAUCAAUACAUUGAAUAUGAGGAACGACCUUUCCGUGUGGUCACUGCACUUAUUAGAAGACAACUUGGAUACUGA